CGUGAAGGCGGAGCUGUUUGUAAACUCACGUUGCUCUCAGGGCAGUCCAGUUUCCACAACAACAGAAGUAUAAGCUUAGUUUUCACUCGUUAAGCGUCGUUUUACACACGAGCCUUAACAAGAGAGGGAGUUUGAGGAGAAUUGUUCUCGUCAUUGCCUGGAUCAGGGCUGUACAGAUGGACUGAAAUCCAACAAAUCGGACCACCAGAGAAGAUCCAACAUGGGCAACAAACGGAAAGCCUCCAGUGAGCUCGACAGAGAUUCAGAUGCCAGCUCAGGAUAUUUUAGUGCUUUGGACCAGACCGACUUUGAAGACAUGGGACCAACCAGUACUGCAGCACAACGCAUGCCAACAGCUCCUCGGGUGCCUUUCAUUCCUGGCUCACAUCCAGGCGUCUCUCCCAUGAUCGUAAUGAACAACCUCGUUCUCAAGCAGCCUAACUCUGUGGCCCCUGCACUAAAACCUUGGCGCUUAAACACUUCACUAGAUGUGGUUCCUCAGUCCCAGCUGCUUUUCCUACAGCCAGUCAUGCCAGCUGGUGACUGUACUGGCCGAAGUUCUGACAAGCAGAAACAUUCCAGAAAGCAUGUUCCCAUGCAAAACACCUUUCAAAAAAUUGGCCCCCAUCUUGCACAAGGGUCUACAGUCGACGAGGGUUCCAGUGCUAUAAAUAAGAGGUCCAACCACUGUCAUGGUGUAAGACAUCAACAACGCCGUUACGAUGAUAAACCUUUCCACAGUUCCUCUUUGAAGCAGGAUGUGUCUGAGACAUUUAAAGAUUACGGUGUAGACCCCAACAUUGCUUCACUGGGAGAAUUUGGUCACACUGUUGAAGACAUGGGUGUGGAAAACUCCUCAUCCAGGCUUUCUGACCUUCAGGAGCCCCACACCACCACUUCACUAUUCUCACUUUGCACUGACUCCUUCCUUGCUUCAUUCCCUCCAAAGAGUCCCGAAGCUUCAGUCACCCAGAGCAGUGAUGUGGAGAAUAUCCCAGAGGCCCUUUCUCCAAGCUCCAGCAAACGCAAACGCUUCUGCAACACGUAUAACAUUUUGAAUCGGUCAGGACUGCUGGGUAUCACACUGCGCACAAAGGAACUUAUUCGACAAAAUAAACGAUCCCAGGCCCAACUUCAGAGUCUGCAGGCUCAGACUGACCUCUUCUUGGAGGCCAUAUGUAGUGGAGAUCCCAAAGUCUGGACGAGAUUGCAGCUUAUCCUCCAGAAAUCCAGAAACAGUGAAGAGACGCCAGUGGACACACUGGUGGACUCUGUAAGGGGUGCAGAGUAGGAUAUGACAGACGUGGGUUGUAUGGUGUAGUAGCAGCUUCAGAUCUUAAAAUUUCAGCUGUUGUAUUCUGCGGUUUUUGCCACCUUUGCUUAGACCUUUUAAAGUUUGGCACAUUUCUAAUUGGUUGCUUAGUAAAUUUUCAACGCCUUGUCAUAAUAUCAGUUGGAAACGUCAAAGAUUUAAGUCUUCAAUAGAGUCCAGAGAUCUAGUUAUCACUCCAAGUGUUAUCUAUCCAACAUCAUUCUUAUUCUUGUGGUUUUGUCCAAAGUAUAUAAAGACCAUGUUUAGGUUAAAACUGCUUCUUUUUCAGAAUAAAUUGAUUCAGUGAUUCAGAAUUUAUUAGCAGUGUAGUCUCGAUUUAAAAAAGAAUGCUAUUAACCAUUCUUUUAUCUCAAUCUAAUUGGUUAUUAUUCGGAAAGGAGGCCUUGGAACACUGGAAUGUAAAAAUAAGUUUUGCUCAGAAUGAAUCAAAAUGGAAAAGAGUUCAUUUCUAAUCUCUGUAUCUAAUAAAUGCCUUUGACAAAGAUUUGAGUACUUAAGUGCACUAUUCCCAAUUUGUUUUAAAUUCAGUUGAAAAUGUGAAAUUCAGGAUCAUCUUUGUGAAAAUUUGUAAACGUGUUUGUAAUAAACAUUAUUUGUAUGUGUAUAAUGUGUUCUGAAAUGCAUCUCCAAGUAAAUGUUCUUGUUAUUUAUGAGAAAGACCAAUGGACGUUAAGGGUAAGAGUACUAAUAACAAUUUGUGCUGGUCAGUGUUUUUGAAGUAGCAUUUCAACAGUGGUUGUUAUUUGUAAUGCCUUGUAUCAUAUUAUUGAGUUGUUUACAUUCUUAAAGAUUUGGAUGUGAAUGAUCAAAUUGGCAAAUGUACUGCUGUACACAUCGUGUUGAUUUAUCGGAACCCAUUACUGAACUACAUAUUUUUGCUGUAGAAAUCUAUGCAAUAGUCUUGUUUAGUAUUAGCAUUGUACUGAAGUGCUGUUUUGUAUUCUGUAGGUGUCAUUUGACUUU